AUGUCCUUGAGGGCCCAGUUCUCGUUGUUCUCCAUCGCUCUCCUGCUCCCUCUCUCCUCAUCCUUAUACAUCCCAGACUCCAACCCACUCCUGUCCUUGGGUGAUCAGGUCAGGGAGAGGCAUCUCUACACAGAAAAUCAUAGGAGGGGCUUGUUUCUGGAGAUGACUCUGGAUGGAAGAGUCAUGGGGAACCCUGCACAGACCGCUCACAGUGUGCUGGAGCUGAGAGCGGUCCGCCAAGGACAGGUUGUGAUUAGGGGUGUUUCAUCAUCACUAUACCUGUGUAUAGAUGGUGAAGGACGUUUGAGAGGACAGAAGGAACACACAGAUGAAGACUGUACCUUCACAGAGCAGUGGCUGGGGGAUGGAUACAAUCGCUUCCGGUCCUCUCAUCAUGGACAUUUUGUGUCACUGUCGUCAAAACGCCCCCUCGAGCAAUAUCCUCCAUUCUCGCGGUUUCUUCCGCUGGAGAAUACCUUAGUACCAGGAAGUGAGCAGCUGAGUGUUUCUGCGCUGAAUCAGGAGCAGUUUAACUUGGAUUCACAUGACCCUUUUACGAUGAGUCGCGAACACAUUUUGAGUCCGAAUUUCUCAAAAGACAGAAGAUGA